AUGGCAUCAAAUAUGAUAAUCGAGAAAAUUGUUCAGAAAACUUUGGAUGGAAAUGUCAUUCAAAUUUGGGAUUCCAUCGCUCUUGCAGGUUAUACACUUAAAAUUUCAAGACCUCAUAUUUCGGCGUGUUGUAGUAGAAAGCGAAAUAUUGCUGGUGGUUGGCGUUGGAUGUAUUAUGAGGACUAUAUAGAACAAGAUCCUAAUGAAGAGUGGAAAGAAAUAGAGGUUGAUUCACGAAAAUUUAAAGUUUCAUCUCUUGGAAGAGUUCAGUUGCGCAGUGGUUUGAUCUCUCGGGGAUCAUUGGACUCGGGAUAUCUCCGAGAUGAAAAAUAUUAUAUUCGUCGGUUGGUAGCAUUAGCAUUUUGUCUAAAAGAGGAGGGCAAAGAAUACGUAAAUCAUAUUGAUG